CUCUGUCUCUCUCUCUUGCACUCUCUCAGCUGCUGCAGCGGCGGCGACGACGGCGGACACCUUGAAUUUUGUAUAUAGCGAGUGACGUUUGCACUUGGCGUAGCAUAGAGAGAGAGAGAGAGAGAGAGAGAGAGACACGCGAUGCACGAGAGCUGCUGCUGCUGCACACCUUAUAGGUCUGCAUGCAAUGAGUAUAUGUCAAAGCCCCUGUAACGCCCCAUACAGUUUACUGCACCUCGAAGGAUGUAAAGAGAGAAAGAGUGACUUUUCGCGUGCUAUUCACAUACGAUAACGUAUAGUCUAUGGUUGUAAACACGACAGGGACCGUCCGGUUUUAAAGGAGCGAUUCUAGAUUCGUUAUAAGUGUUCGAAGUCGCACAGACGUCGUCUGCAAAACAUCGUCUGCUACUCGUCUGCUGUAUUAAAUGCCAUAGAUACUGCACUCGCGUCGCGUGUGCAUGUAUACAAAACAACAUCGAUACGGUGCGCUGGAGUCGAACUACACAAGUACUGUGCUUUGACUGUGCGCCGCAGACGAGGGUUAUGUUGUUUUGACAGAACUCGCACUCCUCUGCAGGCGAUCGUUGUCAGUUCGCUCGAAUGAAAAUUUAACAUCGAAAUCAACUUAUUCUCUCGAAUGACAUCGCCAUGACUUCGAAUUACUACUUCGUUAUUGUCGGCCAUCAGGACAAUCCCCUGUUUGAAACGGAAUUCACCAACUUGAACAAAGAUGCCAAGAAAGAGGAUCACUCUCACUUGAGCCAGUUCAUCGCUCAUGCUGCACUUGAUUUGGUAGACGAAAACAUAUGGAAAACGACCAAUAUGCAUCUCAAGAUUGUUGACAAAUUCAAUCAAUGGUUCGUUAGCGCCUUUGUUACUGCUACGCAGAUAAGAUUCAUAAUGGUACAUGAUACCAAAAAUGAUGAUGGAAUUAAAAAUUUCUUCAACGAAAUGUAUGAGACUUAUAUUAAGUAUUCAAUGAAUCCAUUCUACAAACUUAAUACACCCAUAAAGUCUGUUGGAUUUGAGAAAAAGGCUCAAUUGUAUGGAAGAAAAUAUCUUACAUCGUAAAACUUCAACUCUUUUUUAAAAACUGUCUCUGAAUCAAGACUGUAUUGCAAUAGAGUACUGUAAAAUAUUGUACCAUUCAAAAAAUUUAAUAUUGUUAUUACAUUAU